CACUUUGUCUCGCUACCCAAUCACAGAUUACGUAGAAUUGUUGUCGUACGUGUGUGUUGACGCUGUAGCAAAGCUACCGGGAGAGAAGCUAACUGCUAGAAACCAACGUAACAAGAUGGAGGUGGAGCAGCUUCUGUCUCUGUCAGGCUCGGCGCUGGCUCAGGCUGUCAGCUCUCUGCUGGAGACUCCUGGCCUCUACGUUUUCUCUGACAUCUUGGAGCUGCCUAAUGUCAGAGAGCUGGAGAAUGGCCCUCAUGCGCCGGUGUAUCACCUGCUGAACCUCUUCGCCUAUGGAACCUACUGCGACUACAAAGAGAGAGCGGCGUCUCUUCCAGAGCUGACUCCAGCUCAGAGAAACAAACUCCGUCAUCUGUCCAUCAUCAGCCUGGCUUCCAACCUCAAGUGCCUGCCAUACUCGCUGCUGCUGCAGCAGCUCGAGCUGAAGAAUGUGCGGGAGCUGGAAGACCUGCUGAUCGAGGCCGUCUACUGCGACAUCAUCCAGGGGAAACUGGACCAGAGGAACCAGCAGGUGGAGGUGGAUUGCAGCGUCGGCCGCGAUCUCGGCCCCAACGAGCUCCCAAACAUAAUCAACACACUGCAGGAGUGGUGUACAGGCUGUGAGGCGGUUCUGUGCGGUAUCGAGGAGCAGGUCUCGAGGGCGAACCAGUACAGAGAGAACCAGCUAAAGGUUAAAGUCCAAGUGGAAACAGAGGUGUCAAACCUACAAAAGACGUUAAAGGCCACCGCUGCGUCUCCGUCCUCAGGCCCCGCCCCCGCCGGAGCAGCGUCCAAUCAGGAUGCGGAUCAGCCAGCCGAGCCUCGGGACCCCGCCUCCUCUCAGGAACCACGACAGCCGGGCAAGAAGGCUUCAAAGGUCAAAGGGCUGCGUGGGAGCGGAAAGAUCUGGUCCAAGUCCAACUGAGGCGGAGGGAUUAGGAUGGGAGGACGGCCGCACUGAUGGACACUCGCUAAUUUACGGCUCGUUGGCACGUUGACGGACGGACGCAUACCUGAAAACGAUGCGAGCCAUUCUUUCUGGAGAACAGCCACACACCUUCACUGGAAAUUCUUGUCAACAAAUAAAACGCCUGCGGGGCGAGCGAAGCAGGCGUGUGGUCCGCUUCUGCACAGACUCUCGGUGUAAAUAAAAGCACUUGUCACACACGAGGACAGAACCGUCUGCAGUAGGAAUCAGUUGCCUUUGACCGGAAACAGGAACCGCGUAUUUAAAGGUGUACGUUUGUUUGUGUCGUUUGGUUCAGAUUAAUUUCCAGUUGAUUUGUUUUCUUUCUUUCUCCCUGCUGGGUUGGAAACUUGUAUAAGAAUCAGAAUAUAAGUUGUCGGGGAAAUAAAAUAGCUCACUAUUCA